CCAUGGCGGCGGCAGCGCGGCCGCUGGCGCUGCUCACCAGCUGUGCCGCGGGCUUCGCGCCCGAGGAGCUCGUCAAACGUAUCACAGGAAAAGAUGACCUAACUGCAGAUGCAAUAACAAGUGGAAGAGUGAAUUUCUACCCCUGGACGAUAGACAACAAAUAUUAUUCUGCAGAUAUCCACCUCUGUGUGGUCCCAAACACAUUCCACGUGACUGGAGAGAUUGCUGAGGCUGUGCAGGCAUUUGUGGUGUACUUUGACAGCACAACAAAAACUGGACUGGAAGGUGUCUCUGAAUGGCUUCCCCUGACAGAAGAGUGGCUGCCAGAAGUGAUGAUCCUGGUUUGUGACAGAGUGUCUGAAAACGGUGUAAACAGACAGAAAGCUCAAGAGUGGUGCAUCAAGCAUGGCUUUGAGCUGGUGGAGCUCAGCCCUGAGGAGCUGCCUGAUGAAGAUGAUGAUUUCCCCGAGUCCACGGGAGUGAAGCGCAUUGUGCAGGCCCUCAACGCCAACGUCUGGUCCAACGUGCUCAUGAAGGGUGACAGGACCCAGGGCUUCGGUCUCCUCAGCACCUUGGCAGGAGCAAACAGGAGCCGUGGCUGUGAAGAGACCCUGGAGGCAGAAUCCAAGCCAUCCCCAGGAGACAGGGAAGAGUCCCAGUCAGAUGGUGGAGAGGAUGGAGCUGGCACAAACAGCCUGGAGCCUGACAGUGCUGCAGAUCCCAUGCUGGAAAUGGACAUCCAGGAGCUGGCCAGCCUGACCACGAGGGAUGGGGACCUGGAGAACUUUGAAAGGCUCUUCUCAAAGCUGAAAGAAAUGAAAGACAAAGCUGCCACGCUGCCUCACGAACAGAGGAAGCUGCACGCAGAGAAGGUGGCCAAAGCUUUCUGGAUGGCAAUUGGAGGAGACAGGGAUGAGAUUGAAGGUCUCUCCUCGGAUGAAGAAAACUGAAUUCUCUGUAGCUGGGAGUGCCAGAGCAGUCCUAAAGGAAUGAUCCUUCCCUGAAUUAGUGUUCAUUGCCAAAAACCCCAUUUAGCUGUAGCUGCUUCCCUUGGUGACAGCAUUCCCCAUAUUCCACAUUCCACAACAUCUCCUGGUUCCAGAGGCUCUGUCUGACUGUCCUUUCUCUCAGAGGACUUGGGAAGGUGACACGUGUGUGGUUCAAGGAAAUAGUGAUGAGUUUACAUUUUUCAAAUGAACAUUUUUGUGAUUUCCUCUCUGGGGUUUAAAUAAACAAAUGUGCUCCCAGUUCUCUCUGCACACACAGGGCUGGGGCUUGAGAAGUGACUCCUGAAUUCCCAACUCCACUUUUCAGCUGCAGGGCUCUUGGGUGGUUUUAUGGAGCUUUUCCCAGUUCAUAGUGACCAGAUUUGGAUGGGCCAUGGGGAGGAAGUUGCUGAGCUGUGCCCUGUGGGGGAAGCUGUGCCAGGGCCGGGAGCUGCCAAGUGCCAAAGCCAUUCCAAGGGCUUGGAUUCUCUUUGGAUUUUGCCUGUGCAAUGAUGGGGGCCUUCCCUGGAAUGUCAGGUGCUGUCCACACUCCCUGGAUUCCCCUUAGAAACUGAACUUGGGAUGAAAUGCCAGAUUGCUGCUGCUGCUCCGGGGUGGAAUUCCCUGCACAAACCUUCUGCAAGGCCCGGCAGAAUGCACAGAGCUGCCCUGGGGGGCUCCGUCCUCAAUUGCAGCUGGGAUCCCAAACCCCUCGUGCCCCCGCGUGCGCUCACACUCCUGUGUCCAUGGGGGGCUCAGAAGGAAUUCCCUUUUCCUGGACUGAGUCCACAUCACUUCCACACCAGCACAGGGCACAGAGCCUCUGGAAUUACAGACGUGGCAGGAAGGUGGAGCCUGGUGAGGAGCAAGGGAGAAAGGGGAAUUGCCAGCUUGGCUCCUUCUCUGCUGCGGGCGGUGGAUCAGUGGGAACAGGAUCCAACAGAUUCCCAUAUGGAAGAGUCUGGCCCCAAGAACUUCUCCUUAUCCAUCUGAAAAUCCACCCCAUUAAGCACCCUCACGUUUGGAAUUUAAAAAUUAAGUUCUCCCUAAGUUCCCAAGUCCCAGGACACGGGUUUGCCAUUGACUGUUGGAUGGCUUGGCAUUCUGCAGGCACUUCCACAGUGCUCCUUGAAUUCCCUUUUUCAAGAUGGAGCAAAGGUGAAUGUAAAUCAUCCAUUUCUUGGAAUGCUGGGAAUCACUUCCUGGGUCCAAACUGCAGCAUUUAAGGACAAGAAGAAGCCUGACUGGCAGUUUGGGAGUUGUUCCUCAGCUGAAGGCUGAGCAGGAGCCCUUGGGCGUGGUUUGGGAAGAAUUCUGGAAUACAGAGACAUCCAAGGAAACGCCUGCCAGGGACACCUUCCCAAGCAGCUGCUGGGCCUUGCUGGACUCUGCCUUCUCCCAUUCUCCACAGCUUUUUCCCAGCACAGAGAAUGGAACACACACCUGAAGGUGGCUCGUGGCAAGCAGGGAAUGGUUCCCAUGUUGAAGAUUAUUUCUGCUCUUUCUAAACCUUUGUUGUGCAAUGGUGAUAAAUGGCCAAAGUGCCAGGGGAAUAGAGUGGAGGCAGUGAAAACAAUGGACUUGGACACUGUAAACCCAUUCUUUAGUGAUAGAGAUGUGACUUCUAAACUUUAAUUAGAUUAUGUAAAUUAAAAUCCAGUGCUUUGCUGCCUUUUUAUGAGGUAGCAGCAGCUCAUUCCCACACUCAGAACUCUUUCUAUCAUGAUUUAUUGUAAAUAUGGGUCUUGUUUGUAGGGGCAUAAAUCAUGGAGGCAGGAAGUGUGGCUGGAGACACUGGGAAAUAAUUUAAUGAUCCUUUGAGGUGGUUGUGUUGUGGUUUAAAAUCAAGGUUUACUUUGCUGGUGGCUAAUUUUUGUGGGUUGUUUGGGGUUUUUCUGAAGAGACCCUUUGGUUUUGGCUACAGAAUUUCUUUACAAAAUAAGGAUUUACAGAAGUGAAUAAAAGGGGCAUUAG